AUGUCCGGCCCAUUCCCAACCGUGUCUUACUCCAUGCCAAUGGCAGUUCCUGGAAAAGGCAAUCAAUACCCCACGUACAGCCACUACUCCAUGAGUCCUCCGGAAUGCGACGACGACAUGAGCUCUGCGUCAGGCGUGCCCUCAUACAGCAACAGUGGAUACACCGGCACUGCCAGCUAUCUUGGCUCAAACGAUUAUGACAGUGCCCAUUCAGCUAGUGGCAUUGAUUUUCAAGAGUAUAUGCAGGACCGCUUCUCAAAUUCGUUCAACCCCAUCCCUCUUGACCGUAGUAUGGCGGUCCAAGCGCAAACCUCCGGAAAGUUAAACGCAAAGCACCGCGAGCUCAUGGAACUUCAAAAGCAGGCGCAAGCUCGCCUCGCGAAGACGAGGGAGCGAUUUCAGGACGGAAUGCGUGACGCCCGCGAGGUGCGGGGAGAUUUGGAGUGGACACAGAAGAAAGUCUCAUCAUUGCAGGCCAAGGCUGCUCGCAAGCAUCCCAAGGAGUACCGCAAGGCUCGUGAGCGAUACCCUUCUCCAGAGUAUUAA